AUGUUCUUAUCUGCUCGUAGUCCUGCUAGAGAUACACUUCGAAACUCGAAACAUGACGAGAAUGGUAUCACGUUAUUGUCAUCUAGUGCUCUACCUUCAUCAUACUCUUUCGAGGAUCUGUAUCAAGAGCUUGUUGAUAGAAAACAGGAAGGUGAGGAUGAGGAGCUAGAAACCCUCGUCAUCCUCGCCAGCAGCUUGAAGGAAAAUUCGAACAUAGUGAAAAAAGCAGAUGAUGAUAUAUGGCACGAGAAGCUUGAGGAUUAUUUAUCAAAGGAAUUGCUACCUGAUGGAAAGAUUUUUUCUCUAGACAAGAUUGACGAAGAGGAUAAACCAGACAAAGUCCACAAAAUCAAGCAAUGUAAAGAGAAAUAUAGCCUCUGCAUUCUUUCGAUAGAGCACCUACUUAACAUCUCUUCGAAUACAACACAAUCACCGAAGAACUCGACUCUUCUUUCUCUCAUCCCAUUCACUAGUACCAAUUAUGCCUGGACGACUCCUCGGUCUCAACUAAUCGCCAUCACAAUACUCGAUAAAUACGAGUCUUACGUAAAGUCUCCCGAGUUUUUGGUGAAUCAUCUCUUGAGGUCCUUCAUCCGUCUCAUAUUUUCCGAAGCCCCUACUCCCGAAUCCAUCACUGCAUCUUCCCGGAAAGCAUUUCCAUCAUCUGCACCACCCCGUCAUUUCGAUAUCCUCGAGUCCUCUCCUUCAAAGCAACCUUGGAGGUCAACUAUUCCAUACACUAUACCUGUCUUAAAAUGGGUCGUCGAUUUCAUUCCUCCGGAUCUUCUCCGUGCGCAAGCAUGGCCUCUAUUAACCACUCCUAUUCUAAUACUCCUCGAUUCACCAUCAAAUCCAAUCCGAACUCACGCUCUUCGAAUCCUUCCCACGCUAUUUUCGAAAAUGGGUGACAAAUUGCUUCAACAAACAGGACUAGGUGAUGUUUUCGAGAAUACUAUCCACCCAGUUUUGUUAUUCUUACCAUCCACGACACCCGUCGAAGAAACACUCAAGUUAUUGCCAGAGGGAUACAAAGCUUUGAAUGCACUUUGCAAUGCGAUCUGGCCUACUAGUAAAGGAGACGAGGAGCCUUCUACAAGUGUGACAACCAUAGCCUUGAAGAAGCCCUCGAAACACAACACAGCCCCGUCCAAAUCACCAGCUCAGCUUCGUCUCGCAUUCCUUGACAGAAUAAUUCGCCAUGCUAUUCUCCCUGCUUACUUACACUGUCAAGAAAUACCUGCCGUGGUUGAAAUACUGGUCGUACAAAUCGGCAUCAUCAUUCCGGAGAUGAGAAUUUCAGGCGUGAAACAUCUCAAGGAUAUAUUGCCUAUACUAGUAAAUAUUCUAUCGAACCCAUUCUUUCCCGAUACCUCUCCAUCACUCGUUAUAAACACGCUGAAGACACUCAGAGAGGUGAUUCUAGUCCUUUGGCCCCGCAUUAGUGCCGAUGAUCAUCGAUUAGUUAUCAUGAGCGCUUUAACACUUCUAAACUGUCAUAUUUGUGUAAAAGUAGAUGAAAAAUCUGAGGAAAGAAAAGAGGCAGGUUUGGAGAUAUUAAAUGAACUACUGGAGACGGGAAAAGUGUUUACAGCAGUGGUCCAACAAGCAGGUGAUGAGAAGGAGAGAGAGAAUUUUGAGCGGGAGUUGGCGAGGAUUAUCGAGACUGAUGGAACGCUGGCUAGAGUAUUUUCUAAAUGA